AUGAGCUCCACCAACACUGCUACUACCCAAGGGGAUGCUACAGAGACUGAGACAGUCACUGAGAAAACUUGCACCACUGACACCGAGGUCACUCAGACAAUCACUGGUUCAUAUGAUCUCCCCAUUGUAAAUACCCGAGUUGAAGGGCAGUCACAAGGUACCCCCUUGCAACCCCCUUCUUCACCAACAGAUUCUGCUAGUUUGGUCGUUUCAGGAGCCGUCAGUCUAAAUACUAUACAGACACCUCCCUCGACACCUACUUCCACAUCCCAUUUGAGUGAUGAGCUGUGGGCUCAAGUGGAGGACUUAUCAGGGCUUGUAGAUGCUAUUGACUUGGCUUUUGGUUUAUGGGUGUCCUCCCAACACCAUCUAUACAUUACGGAAAUCCUGCUACCCGACGCCAUCUAUAUAUUAUAUCCUGCUACCAAUGCCCUCCCAAUGCCAUCUAUAUAUUACAGAAAUCCUGCUACCAAUGUUCUCCCAAUGCCAUCUAUAUAUUACGGAAAUCCUGCUACCAAUGCCCUUCCAACGCUGUCUAUAUAUUAUGGAAAUCCUGCUACCAAUGCCCUUCCAAUACCAUCUAUAUAUUAUGGAAAUCCUGCUGCCAAGUACCAGUAUCUAACUUACAUAGCUUACAAAAAACUUUUGACUUCUCUUCAACACCUCACAUUAUGUGCACCAAAUACAAAACUGCAGAGGAGUGUCGAGAAGCACAACUUAAAUCAAAGAAAGAGAGCUAUGCAUGUCACCGACUUCAAGAACAGGGGGGCAGAACUGGAUACUCAAGAUCUAUUUCAGCGUCUUGAUAGCUUAUGGUUAAAUCUAGGCUACUGUGCAGGGACAACCCAAUACGAAUGGUUGGAAUCAAAUGGCAUGUUGAUCGUGACUGCGGUAGACCAAGAGGGCUGGGAUUCGGUCAAGCCAGGAUGUGAUGCAGGGCUUGCUGAGGCCAAGGAGUUGCUUCAGCAGGCAUACACCUUAUGCACUGAUGCCUGUGCAGUUGAGGGACCUCUUACAGAUCAAUUAAGAGAUGGAAUAGCAUCUGCUUUAGAUGCAGUCAAGUUGCAUGUCCAUGCAUGGGAGGAGUUGUUGGUAUUGAUGGACCUUGGAGUUGAGAUGUACUUUGAUGCCCUUCAUUAUGAUUCACUGGUCUGGCAAAGUCCCAAAUAA